AUGCCCCUCGAGAACCUCCUGGCGCCGACGCUCCCCUACGUAGAGAACCUGGACAACCUUCGGAACCUCAAGCUCCUAACGAACCUCUCCAAGAAGACGAACCUCCGCACCCCAGGUCUCUUCGACGCCGAGAACGACAUCGAGAUCGACGAUCAGCAAACUGCAGAGGACCAGGCCAGUGACUUCAAGGGUGUAGACUAUGAAAGACCACAGACCGCCAUCCUCAAGAUUGAGAAGGAGAAGCCGGAAAAGCUAAUGGAGUCACGGUACGUGAUCACUAAGAAGCCGCUGGAGCCCGCCGAGGUUAGCAAAGCGGAGAGCGAAGGCGUUCUCCUGGAGGACCGUGAACACGGUCCACGCAAGGCCAAGCGUCGACACGUCAUGAAAGGUUACUCCGAAGAGUCGGCGUUGGAUGUGGAGUUCACCACUACCCAAAUCACCCGGGACUCGGUGAUCUUCGCUGGCAAUCCCGGAGCGCAUCCACCACAAUUGCUUCGUCUUCCUUCGGCAUGUUAUGGUUUGACGGAUGGGCCCGUAGCAUGGUACAAACAUCUCGCAAAGAACUUGAGGAAGCUAGGCUAUGAGACCAGCAAAGCAGAUCCUUGUGUGUUUUUCCUUCGGGGCCCUCCUUCGAAAGGGUCCGAGUUUGAAGGGAUCAUUGGCGUAGCUACGGAUGACCUUCUACAUGGUAGCAACGAGAGACGUUGGAAGAACAUCGAAGUGAUCGCCAAGGAGUAUAACCUCGACAAGAAUCAGCAGGGAACGGGUAGAUGCGACAUUGCCGGAAGAGUGGCUAUCCUGCAACGGUCGUUCCCCGAGCCCCAGGUGAAGGACCUCAUCGAGGCGAACCGGAUCAGCGAGGAAGCUCGCAAGGACAGCGACUUAGGGAUGCGAGUGAUGCCCAUUCCGGUUGAAGGCCUUCGGGUUUCGGUUGUGACAGAUGCGGCGUGGGGGAAUGCCAAGGAGCAACCUUGGAUUGAGGACCACCCAGCAGACUGCUGGGAGGAGCAGAAAGACUGCUGGAUCAGGCACCACGUGCACCCUCGGAGGACGACCUUUCGUCCGGGAGGAGCGCCGUCCGGACCAGAUCUACAUGACCUGACGGAAGACCGCAAGACCGUCGAGUUCGGCAAAGCGGACGACAACACGGAUGGAGCCUGGACCGGCAGCAGCUGCUUCUGGAAGUCAGUCGGAGAAAAGCUGUCUGCCAACAAGGACGGACAGAUCGUCAUUUAUCACGAUCGGAAGCUCUCAGAGACGGAGACUCCGGCAAUGACGACGGUGGCUUCGUGA